UUUGUUAGUUGGUUGGUGUUGGUGUUCUUAACGUCUUGUUCGAAGGCCUAUCGAAAUUUAUUUUGAUUGUCCAUAGAAGAAUUAACUUUUUACGAGGCGAUACAAUUUUUAAAAUUAUUUAACUAUCAUUUCUUAAGGACUGGUAUUUUUUCCAGUAAUAGUUUCAUGGGGAUAUUAAUCCGUAGUUGAUAUCCCCAGUGUUAAGUGUACAACAUACAAGCUGUAAAGUAAAGUGUAUCCUCGCCUUUAAGGAAUAUAAAAACCAAGUAGUCCUACCUGUAAUUAAGCUACAUUGGGCCUACAGUUAAAACUCCUAAAUUAAAAUGACAUCGGUUUCAUCUCCCUCCGUUGAACUAAGCUCUUACAGAGAUCAACACUUUAAGGGUUCAAGAGGUGAACAAGAAAGACUGUUAAGAGUUUCUUCAACGCUUUAUGUUGGAAAUUUGUCUUUCUUCACAACCGAAGAACAAAUUUACGAACUCUUUUCAAAAUGUGGAGAUAUCAAACGAAUCAUCAUGGGGUUGGACAAAUACAAAAAGACACCGUGUGGCUUCUGUUUUGUCGAGUACUACACAAGACCUGAUGCGGAGAACUGCAUUAGAUAUAUCAACGGAACACGACUUGACGAUCGGAUUGUCCGAACUGACUGGGAUGCAGGGUUCGUGGAGGGCAGACAAUAUGGACGUGGUAAAACUGGCGGACAGGUGCGUGAUGAAUACCGCACAGACUUUGACGGCGGCCGAGGCGGCUAUGGGAAGAUCAUCCAGCAGAAGGUAGCCACGCCUGAAGUUGCAGCUUUCCGAUAAUCAGCUGACAACAAUCCCGACUGACGACUUCAGACAUCAAUAUCGAUUGUAUUAAAGUAUGAUACUCCAUACUCAAACAUUUUUAUACAAUAACUUUUUACUAAAUAUCAUCCAAAAACAUAGAGAAAGAUACUGUUGUAUUGUAGCAUCUAUUAUUUGUACCGGGGAAUGAGCAUUGAUCGAUGUUGCUUUGUUGAAAAGGUUACAAAUCAUAAAACAUACGAGUACAACUAUAAUACAAUAAUAUCACCAAGUAUUGGUGCUAUCUAUACAUCAUUUUGUCAUUGUACAUAAUUCAAAACCAUUGUAAAUAAACAUGCAUUACUGAUAAAGCCAACAAAAAACAGUAUUUGAAACAGCAUGAAGGUUUAUAGGCCUAUACUGUAUUUGAAAUCGAGCUACCUCUUGUCAAUCAUGCAUGCUAGACAAUAGACAUAUCGUACAGUUUUGUUCUGAGCCUACAGAAAAUGUAAUUUACUUACCCAGCAAUGAUAAAUCUAUUCUUAUAAAUAUAUUGACAUGUAAACCUACAAAAAUACUAAAUAGUUAUAAAAUACUAGGGAGGUCUGCGAAGCAUCAAAAUAUUUUUGAUUUGAAGCAGUAAUUCAAUUCAAAAGAUAUUCGAUUCGAAGCAAUACGGCAUUUUUCUAUUCUUACUUGUCAAUGGAGUGGAUUAACAAUACUUUAAUUUAUUACAUUUGUGUAAUGCAAAUUUUUGUUGAUGUGGUAUUAGGCCUAUUCAUAAUAUAACAUAUGAAUUUUAUGUGAAAAAAUAUUUAUUUUCAAUCAUAUAUUAGAAUAACCUGUAUUGCUGGAAAUGUCAGUGAGCUGCUUAACUUGCCUAUUUCAUAACUUUUACUUGCAGAAUCAUAUUGUUAAGCGUGUUACCUAUUUUAUAAUAUUGAUUUUACAAAUAAAUAUAUAUGUUUUGGUGUAAACAAAUAAAACAUUUGUAUGAUUUAUACAACUUUCAAUUGGUUUGCAUUGAUGAAAUGAGAGGAUAGAAUCUACAAAAAUACCAAAUUUAACACUCUAAAACAUCAAUCUUACUAGUUAAGUAUCAAGUAACAAUUUUUCAGACUUAUUUUUAGAAUGAUUUUGGAUUAGCCUAUCUUGUUUUGGCUAUGUUCACAGUAGUAAAACAUGUCUCACACUGCUUACACUUAACAAGAUUUCUCAUCAUUUGCAAUGUCAAACUAAAAAAUUAUAAAACAGUUAAAGCAAUAUUUACAUGAAAAGAAUUAAUUAAACAAAAACGCCUUCGUAAAGGAAACACAACAUCAACGCACUCCUGUAUUGCGGGUAUUGUGUUGACUUUCUGCAGGCGUUUUUCGUAUAUGGAUACUGAUACCCCCAUGAAUCUAAUCGUUUUUUGACCACCACUGAAUGGAAUCGCAAUUUGACGCAUUGAAUCAGAAUUUCGAAGCAUCGUACACCCCUAUAAAAUACCCUCACUGCAGAAAACAUGCACACAAAUUUAAUUUCUAUAUAACUGGUUGGAUUUUAAAUUUCAACCUACAGUAAUUGUAAUUAUAUUAUUUAUCGGUUCCACCUGGAAAUUUUCCUCAUUUUCAAUUUUGCUAUAUUUAAUAAAGUAAGAAACAAGAAUGUGAAUUUCUCAUCUGUAAACAAACCAUCCUAAUUCUUUAUUUAACUAACAAACAUUUUUAUUUUACAACUCUUAAUGACAAUCGCAUGAUAUUAGUCGUAAACUAAGAUGUUUCUAACAAUUUAGAGGAAAUAUUUAGUGAGAAGUUUUUGAAAUCAUCAUUACAGGAUUUAUUCAAUAACUUCCUUCCUCAUUGCCAAACCAUAGCAAAUAUUGGUCUCUUAAAAAAUCAACUGAAAACAGCUGAUUUUGGCAAACAUACGUCAUACAACCUAAGUUAAUGUUUCCCCAAGGUUUCGAUGCUGAUAUCUUUAUCUUUGUUGUUUGAUGAUUUUUAUUUUGCCGUCGUUGUAAAUAUUACGAGUAUGGUGUGUACUGAAUUGUGCUGUGUUGUAUUUAUAUAGGUAUAGUGAAAAUAAAGUUUUGUAAUUUUCAAAUGGGACUUUUUAUUCAUAGCAAAUUACUUUUUCCUACAGUCACCUGACAAAGUGGGUUUCCUUGCACAGAUUAUAGUACAGAAAGCCUUACUUUAGCGCACACCAGUAUUCCAACCAAACAACAAAAACGGCGUGCUUUGCUUUUAUUAUGCACGUAAUCCGUGUACGCUUGAAAAUAA